AUGGCCCACUCUCAACAUGCUCACUCGUUUGGAAACGUGGCGCAGGGUCGGCUGCUUGAGGCGUGUGCGGCGCUCAUCCGCGAUGCCUACACGCGGGAUGCGCUGCUGCAGCACUGGGAGGAGCAAUGGGACGGUCCCAUGGCCCACGUGCCCCUGGGAACGGCACACCAGCG